UUGUGAUGGUCGUUGUUGUGAUGAUGGUUGUGGUGAUUGUGAUUGUUGUGAUGAUGGUUGUGAUGAUGGUGGUGGUUGUGAUGAUGGUUGUGGUGAUUGUGAUUGUGAUUGUUGUGAUGAUGGUUGUGGUGAUUGUGAUUGUGAUUGUUGUCCUUGUUGUAGUAGUGCAAGUAGUGAGUGUGUUUGUAGUAGUGGUGGUGCUUGUGAUUGUGGUAGUUGUUGUUGUGGUAGUUGUUGUUGUGGUAGUUGUUGUUGUGGUGGUGAAUGUAUUAGUAGUGAUGGUAGUG